UCGCGCAAAUGGUUUUAUCUGGUUGGCUGCCGCGUGAUCGGGAACGCACCAGGGCGGCCCUGAAAGGAAAAAACUAGCAGCGGUUGGCGAGGUGAUGUGACAGCUCAGAGGUGUCCACGUCAACACACCGAACGAAAGAGAGCGUCGGCAAUGGAUUCCAAGUCUCUGGAACCUUCCCUCUACACAGUGAAAGCUGUUUUCAUUCUUGACAACGAUGGCAACAGACUUCUCUCAAAGUAUUAUGACCCAGAGCUUUACCCCUCCAUGAAGGACCAAAGGAACUUUGAGAAGAACAUUUUCAACAAGACUCACAAAGCAGACAAUGAAAUAGCUUUCCUGGAGGGAAUGACGAUUGUCUAUAAAAGCAGCAUAGACCUUUUCCUCUAUGUGGUCGGAAGCUGUCAAGAGAAUGAGUUGAUGCUGAUGUCUGUACUCAACUGCCUGUAUGAGUGUCUCAAUCAAAUCCUGAGGAAAAAUGUGGAGCGUAGGUGUUUCCUGGAAAACAUGGAAGGCGCCUUUCUUAUCGUUGAUGAAAUCAUUGACGGGGGAGUGAUCCUGGAGAGUGAUGCACAACAAGUCCUCCAAAAGGUCAAUUACAGGGUUGAUGAAAGUUCAUUAUCUGAACAAAGUGUCGCACAGCACUUUACUGAGAAAUUGGCUCUGACGACUAACGUUCUGCAAUCAGCCAAGGAGCAGAUCAAAUGGUCCAUACUGAAAUAACAGGAGAUGUGAAGCUAUGUCGAGGCAAUUUCAACAUGUAUUUAACCCGUAGUUUAGUGACCACUUGAAUUGUUUUUGAUUUUUGAAGGUCUGUGUUCUCUGAAAUAACUUGAGAUUAACCAGCGUGGGGCUUGAGCAAGUCACAUCCGAUCUUGUGUUUGCUGUUGCAAAAAUAAGACAGACAUAGAAAAGAAGACUGGCCGACCUGUGCGAUUAAUGGAGGUUGUUCCGUUAUGUUCUGGGGCAGAUUUGCAACAUUUGGCACAAGGUGUCUUAAAGGGGCAAGUUGUUCAAAAAUAUGACAGGAUUAUGGUUGACGGAUUUGGUCGAAUCUUGAAAGUUGAGUUGUUCAAAAGGGAAAGAAGGAUUCUGAAAUGGAAUCAUGAAAUCCAAUCUUCGUUUAAAUGUGGAUCAAAUCUUCAAUUUGUGUUCAAAGUGUUUCAGUAGGAGGUGGAUAUCAUAUUAAAACAAAAUAUUAUCCUGAUCCCAACAGGGUAGUAUUUCAAGGUGCAUUUCUGGACUAAAAUGUUGCAAAACUUGGUCACAUAAUAAAUUUAUAUCAUUUGUGGUACUUACUUGUAUUCAUAGUUUGCACUUGAUUUAUUCAACUGUUACAGUGAUGAAGCAGAUAAAUCCUUAAUAUAGCCAAGUAAAAAGAGCAUAUAUUUAUUUAUCCUUUCCCCAUGAAAUAAACCCCUAGAUAGAUUACAAUAUGCAAGAUGAUUAAUUCGGUUUUUCUGUUAUUUAUCUUCGUAAUUUCCAAGAAACAACAUUCUGUAUUUUGUUAACGAUUGGAAAUGUAGCCCCCCCCCCCCACCCAUCGACUUUUUUUUGUAGAAACUUCCAAUUUAUUCAAAAUGAAAUUAUGUUUAUUUGUUGCUGUGACUCAGAUGAGUGUUUAUUAAAGAAAUUACAAAUCCAAGUGGAUGUUUGUUACUUUUGUGUAGUCUCAAAAUCAAAGACACUUCAAGUGACCCACUGUCGGCUUUUCGACCCGUUGUUCUCUAUAUUGGAUGUUGCCCACAUGAAAAUGGUUGCCCCAUUUCUAGCACGAGUAAUCCAGAUUUCAAUAUCUUGAAAACAAUGUAUCUGGACCAGAGUGAUCCAAUCCAAUAUUGUUUUGAAAAAUUGGCAUAAAAUAAUUACCUGAUUCUGGAUAGCAAAAAAAAUGCGAUCAUUUUGAUCAAGUUGCAUGUUUUGGUCUCAGAAGCAACUAAACUUCUGUUCCAGCCUGGUCAAGGCACCCUUCACAGCUGGAGCAGUUUGCUUACCGGGAGUGGGCUGAAAUGUUGACAGUACACAACAGAAUCCGCAGUCCAGAAAAUUAAAAACUUUAUUGUUUGAAAGUGAAUCAGUCAAUUGAGACAAUGCAAGAUACAUGCAAAAUAACCAGAAAAAGAAUCAAGGCCGUUCAGAAGUAAUACUGAUUUACAACAAAGAUGUUUGCAUU